AUGAAGAAUCAUAUCUAUCAGCUACUAACAAUGGAGCAUUAUGGAAGCAAAGGAGACGUAAUACGAAUUACCAGUGAGCAUAGCAAUGACGUUGUCGUCUAUGUCCACGAUGGUCGCCUUGUUGUAGUUUGUGAAAGGGGACAAGGAGCUGAUGAAAAUCGCAGUGCUAUCACGAUGACACGGAAACUUCCUGAAAACGUUGAUCUCGAUAAGGCAUGUUGUCGCCGGACAGAACAUGACAGCUCUGAUGACUUGGAGAUAUUCCUCCCUUCAUUAACACCGAAAUGA